GGCCGCCGCCGGGCCCAGGGGCAGCGGCGCGGAGCGGCGCGGAGAUGGCGCCGCUGGUGCGGGGCGCCGGGGGCUCCCACCAGCGGCUGGCGGCCGUGCUGCUCGGCCUCUGCUGCCUCCUGCCCCCCGGGCGCAUCGCCGCGCCGGGCGGGGACUUCCCCGGGGCGGCCGCGGACAGCCUGGUGGUGCGGAAGGGGGACACGGCCGUGCUGAGGUGUUACUUGGAAGAUGGAGCUUCAAAAGGUGCCUGGCUGAAUCGGUCAAGUAUUAUUUUUGCUGGAAGUGAUAAGUGGUCAGUAGAUCCUCGAGUUUCAAUUGCGACAGCAAAUAGAAGAGAAUACAGCCUGCAGAUACAGGAUGUAGAUGUGACAGAUGAUGGUCCCUACACCUGUUCUGUGCAAACUCAGCAUACUCCUAGAACGAUGCAGGUGCACUUAACUGUACAAGUUUCUCCGAAGAUAUUUCGUAUUUCAAGUGACAUCAUUGUGAACGAAGGCAGCAACGUUACUCUCGUGUGCCUGGCCACAGGGAAACCAGAGCCUUCCAUUUCUUGGAGACACAUCUCACCAUCUGCAAAACCGUUUGAGAACGGACAGUACCUGGACAUCUAUGGAAUUACGAGAGACCAGGCUGGGGAAUACGAAUGCAGUGCAGAGAACGACGUCUCAGUCCCAGACGUGAAAAAAGUAAAAGUCACAGUAAACUUUGCCCCCACAAUUCAGGAACUUAAGUCCAGCGGCGUGAUGCUUGGAGGGAACGGACUGAUACGGUGUGAAGGUGCAGGCGUUCCUGCCCCAGUCUUUGAGUGGUACAGAGGAGAGAGGAAACUGAUCAAUGGUCAACAAGGAAUAACUAUUAAAAAUUAUAGUACAAGAUCGCUUCUUACUGUUACCAAUGUGACAGAAGAGCAUUUUGGCAACUAUACCUGUGUUGCUGCCAACAAGCUUGGGACGACAAAUGCCAGCCUGCCUCUCAACCAAAUUAUUGAGCCUACUACCUCUAGUCCUGUCUCAAGCCCAGCUCCCAGUACAGCCCAGUAUGGGAUCACCGGUGAUGCCGAAGUCCUGUUCUCCUGCUGGUACCUUGUGUUGACACUGUCCUCUCUCACCAGCAUAUUCUACCUGAAGAACAUCAUUCUGCACUAAAUGUAAAGAACCCUAAAAGGCUUUUAAGGAUUCUCUGAAAGUGCUGAUGACUGGAUCCAAUCUGGUAGAGUUUGUUAAAAGCAGCGUGGGAUAUAAUCAGCAGUGCUUACGUGGGGAUGAUCGCCUUCUGUAGAAUUGCUCAUUAUGUAAAUACUUUAAUUCUACUCCUUUUUUGAUUAGCUGCAUUACCUUGUGAAGCAGUACACAUUGUCCUUUUUUAAGACGUGAAAGCUCUGAAAUUACUUUUAGAGGAUAUUAAUUGUGAUUUCAUGUUUGUAAUCUACAAGUUUUCAAAAGCAUUCAGUCAUGGUCUGCUGAGUUGCAGACCGUAGUUUACAAAAAAAAGAAAAAAAAGAAAAAGAAUAUUGCAGUAAAAAUGUGCUUCUUUAAGGCUGCAAUACAACAUUCAGUACCCUUCUUAAAAACAUUCUAUCCACGUUUACACAGAAACUUUUUUUUUUCUUUUGAUAAAAAAAAAAAUCAAUAUUGCCUUCAAAAUAUCUCUUCAAAAUAUUACACAUAUCUAGAUUUUCUUCCAGCAUGAUAUUCAGGUUUCAAGAAUGAGCCUUGUAUUAUAACUGCAUUGUGCAGUACUGCUUUUUGUUUUCUUCCUUUUUUCCUGCAAAUUCAGCAUGGGUGUGCCUUCAUAAAACACUACUUUCCUCUUCCACUCCAACAAAUUUGGAAUGUGUUUUGGGAAAUGCUAAAGCAUCCUUUUGAGCAUAACAAAUCUCUAACUGAGGAUGAAGGUGCUAUUGACUAGAAAGAAAAACCUCCUCUCCCAUCUCCAGUGGGUAAUGGAACUGCUUCAGAUGUAUAUUUUUAGGCAAUCAGUGAAGGAUAGCACCAAUUCCUUUUAUUUUUUUCCCAUCUACUAAGCAGUAGAUGAUCUCUGUAAAAAACUAGUUUUCCCACUACAAAAGAGAACACAAAUUAUUUUGAGAUGUCUUUUGAACGUAAGAAGGUUUCUCUUAGUCAUUCUAAAUCAGGAUUCUUAAACGGCUGUAAAUGCGAGAAACUGAAUCGUCCCUUUUAUAUUACUGGCACAAAAAAAAAAACUAUGUGAAUUGGUAUUUUUCUUGCACUUAAUUUUAUACUGGUUUGGCUAAUUUAGCAAUGAUAAAGGAUGCUUUUAAAUAUUAGAGAUCUGAAAAUACAUAAAGUAUCAAGCAGAAUUUUAUAUAUAUAUAAUAUAUAUAUAAAAUACAUAUAUAUAUUAAAACAAGGUUGCUCUAAUAAUUGUACUGAAUUGCAUGCUGCCGUCAAUGAUGCAUCUUUACAGACAGGACUUCAUUACUGACAUACUAAUACUGUACAAAUAGCUUACCACAGCAGUUUAGUUCUUGUACACGAUUUCCUAGGACUGCAGUCUAUCAAGAUAAGACUCUCAUUAACCUCAAUGAAGGAUCAAGUUUCAAAAUAGCAAAUAACAUUACUAUUUUUUCUAAGCAGCCCCAUACUGCAUCAUUGCAAAAUGUUGCUCACAGUUUACAGCUGAAUUUAAAAAUGCCAUCCAUGUAAAUUGCUGGGACAUGACUGUGUCCAGCAGCCUUUGAAUACAAGAUCUCCUAUUGACAACAAUAAUAAAACCAUUAUCUACAUUAUUAUUUCCCUGUUCUGUACGUGAACUCUAAUAGGUGACACAAUUAUUAUAAAUGUGACAUUCUUUCUCCUAACAAUAAGGCUUUGUAGCUAGCAAUACCAGAUGAGUACUGUGCAUAUGCAGCAGUUCCAAAUCAAGUUUACAAAUAUCCCACUUUCUGAAAAGACAAACUGUGAGUUUGCUUAGACUCAAUAUAUAUACUGUCCCAUGCUAAAAGGUAGUUCGAAUAUGUGGUGAACCUGUUGUUGUUACUGAUUAGCUCAGAUGCAGGGUAUAAAGUGAAAUAUGCUGACUCCAAAAUAUGGCAAUAAAUUGUCCUAGGUCACUCUGCUUUUGUUCAGUGACAGGUUGUACUACUUCUAUUAUAUCAUUUGCAGCUGUGUGCUGAGCAGUUACUAUUUUGAGAAAUGUGGCAUUUUUUAAAAAGCCUUGAAUAACGUGGCAAAAUUAAUUCUUUAAGGAAAUGGCAUAAAACCAAUUCAAAUUAUACUAUACACAGUCCUGAUAUUCUGAUUUCCCUUGUAUUGCAGCUUUAAAGUGCUAUGUUUUAGAAUCCCUUCAUAAGAAACAGAGGUGCUGCAGAUAUCAUGUCAGUACAGUUUUAUGAAGAAAGAGAAAGGGGUACAAGUAACCCAACUCGUAUGCUGCGUCUCAUGUAAAACUGAGAGAUGUUUGUAUUCUGGGGCUGGAUCAAAUUAUAUAUUUCAAUUAUAUAUUUCAUUUCAGUGAUUCCUAAUAUCUGAAACCUGACAAUUCCAGCAACAGAAUAGAAUGAACAGCAGCUUUAUUAAAUGUGAAGAAAAUGAGGAAUGAGGUAUUGACUGUUAGCAGACACAGAGCCACUGGGUAACAUGGACAAGGCAUUUGGUCCCACCUCUGAAUUUUCACUUAAAUUUGUGGGGACAUGAUUGUUGUCAAGUCCAAAAAGAAAAAAAGUAUAUAUACAAAUAUUCCUAGGUGCCAAUAGCAUUUAGCAUUUUCUUAGAUAAGAUAGGUUCUUAAACACCAGUCGGAUCUGCGUGUUCAGCAGCGGACACGUGCGCACCCACCCGCUCAGCCCCGUGCACUCAGGCUCGCGCAGGCGUCCCGUGUGCCUCGGUGCCACGGGGCUGGGCCCUGCAGGCUGCUCGGCAGGAGCCGACCGCCCCGUCCUGCGGCCCCCCACAGAGGCAGAGGCGCUUACCUUUAUGCACCGAUUAAUUCAAAGGGCGUGGUACAUGAAGAUAAGCAGCCUUGAUUUUUUGCAGGAUCGGAGCUAUAGGCAGUAUUGAUUGAAUAAAGAAACUUCGCUCCUCGGUUAACCUGUUCCUUGCGGUAAACCGGUAAUUGUGCAGUUUGGGACUUACUGGGACAUUCUUCUAACGCAGACUGUGCAGACUGCUGCCAAUUGAACUCAACAGCAUUUGACAAAAUCCAUUCACCCUUUAGUUUGUGGGGUGCGUUUGCUUUAGGCGCCUGUUUGACGGUAUGUUCUACGCUUCUUCAAAUGGUUAACCCAUACUGUUCAUAUCUGUUGGUCAAAUAUUAUUAUAUUUAUUCCCACCUUUAAAACGUGAAAAAUAAAUGGCUUAGCUCCAAGCAGUAUAACUGAAUAUUUAUAUUAAGAUCGUUGUCCACAUUGGAAACCCCGAAGUCUGUAACACCCUAAGUUCCUACUCAUGCAAUAACUCAGGUCUGCUAAUUACCAUUGCGUUGGUGACGUACACAGAAGCAAUGAUGCUCUAAUUAUACCUUUGCUGAUCAUGAUUAUACUGAUACUGAAUUAAAGGGUGUCUCACAACUUCUUGAACAAAUGCAGUUUCUCAAGGGUUUAUAACUUGGCAGGAAAUAUACUCCUCAUAGCUAAACAGCUUUUUUUAAACUUUUCAAUAUAUAUAUUUUUUUUAGAAACUGUGCUGUUUUUAAGAUACAGGAGUGUUAAAAACCAUCACCAGGAAAAGCUGCUUUUUUGCACAUUUUCAGAGUUAGCAUUCUAGACCAACAAUGGUAAAUGUUACGCCUACCAAAAUCUCUGCUUAUUCCACAUAACUGUGUUAUAAAGAAUGUGUAUACCAAAAUAUGUAUUUACAUGGAUAAACAAUAUGCCUUAAAGACUAGAUACGCAUUUACUUCUGAGAUUGGAUCAGCUUUGUGCCCAGUCUGGAGGUAAAUAAUCCAUAUUUCAUAGCCUGCCAUAGGAGGUUUUGUUUCUUUCCAAAAAAAAAAAAAAAGGAAAAAAAGUGAAGAAGAACAUUCAGUUUCUUUUAAAAGAAUCUUAACUAAUUUUAAAAUUCUUGCAUAAACUGACAUAUGUGAGGAAGUUUAGGAAAAGAAUGAAGUUUUAGCUUUAGCCCACGCAGUGCACGGGCCCCUUUUUGGAGCUGUGCCAGCACCAGGCUGGGCCAGGGGCAGCCCCGGGGCUGAGACCCCCAGCGUGCGGUCACAGGGCCCAAGAGCUCGCUCGCUCUCAGCGUGCAGCCACCUUCCCAGCCGGGCGCCUUCUCCUUCCCUCCACCUCCUGCCCUUGGGGACACUGCACUGCCCAUCCCCGCCUGUCCUCCUGCUCUGUCCCUGCUCAGCCUCGCCUCCAGAGCUUUCUACCUUUCUCCCUCCUGUCUUGGCCUCAGUUCGGGCUCAGCCAUCAGAUGGGGAGAUGCGAUCGCGGGCUCCAGCAGCAGUGGAAUGGCCCCAGGAGUUAGGGGAAGAGGACGGCUGAUGGGACCCUGACUCACAGCCCCAGCUGGCCGCCGCAGUGACCUGAGCCCCGAAGGCAGCCAGACGUUCCCGAGCACCCCCCGUUGGCCGCAGCAGCAGGGACCUGUGGGAACCCAGCGUACCCACGUGCCAGCGCACCCAUAGCCCCCCGAACACAAAACAGGAAACUCUUUUAAACAACAAAUUAUUACAAAAAAAACUGUAAAAACAAGAAAUAGAAAAUCUUCAUUCAGCCUUAAUAGAUUAAUAGAUAAAAAAUUGAAGGGAGGAGUUUACUCUGGGAGUUGACUUUUUCAGCCAAGACCAACACGCGCUGCACACGCACGGGUGCAGUGAGCACGCGUAGGCUGGGCUGGCUCCGCUUUUGGGUCGCUCCUUCCCUGCUGAGGCAAGGGAGGGAUCUUACCCAGCAGUCAGGAAGGGCUGUGGCACACCGGGACACAGCCCAGGCUGCUGCAGAAGGGUCUUGGGACAGCCUGGCAGGGCUCUGGGUGACUGCUGUUCCAAAAACGUCCCUCACCAGGGCACUGACAGCACUGAGCGAAUACCUGUUUGCUCCUACCACUUUCUGCCAACUUUCUGCCUAAUUCUUGGAGAGCUCAAAGGUUUCUUUAUAUCAGAAAAUCCCUGUGCUAGGAAAGUGGAGAUCAGCAUACUUGUCACAUCCCGGAAACUUAGUUUUCAGUCAUUUGUGUUUUAAAGGCAUGAAGCUUUCUGGUUGCCUGGAGGGCCGUGAGUCUGCACGGCAGGACAAGCUGCGGGCCGCAGACCCUCAGGCCCUCAGGCUGAUGCCAGCGUCCCCUGCCCCGGCUCUGCCUCGUGCCCCCACAGCUGGGCCACCAGAAUUAUCCCGUGGGGCUCCCAUCAGUGUAUGCCAGCCGCCGUCCCUGUGGCGGGAGGAGUGCAGGGACCCGUUCUUACUGCCACUCGGGCACACCAGGGCACUCUCUGAUGUGAGGAACUCUGAACCGAACCGCAGACAGUAGAGCAGAAUAACGCAGCUGAAAGUCAUUUCGCUUAGAGUCGCUUUCAUUGUCUCGUAGCUCCCCGCACAGCCUCUGUGGCUGCUGCGCUGCCAGGUAAACCUGAUCCCCCAUUAGCAGAGUAAAUUACAUUUCUCAAAAUUUAAAAUUGGAGGAAGGUGAGAGGGAGUCGGUAUCAUACUGCUGCUGCCACUACGGCCACAGGAAUUUCCCCUCGUAUCUUCCAAAUAUGAAAGUAUUCAUUAUUCCUCCAAACAUUUUUUUUUAUGCUGCCAGAUAAAAAAUGCCUGUAAUGAUGAUAUAUAUUAUAUUUGGUAUCUAGAGGGCAAAAAUCUCUUCUCUCCUAAUGCACAUCCAUCCUUCUCUUUAUUAUUUUUCAGCCAAAACCAAAACACAAUUCGCACAUUACAUGAUGCGAUUUAUGUGCAAUAACAUCAGCUUUUCCACUUAUCAAAACCAUUACAGUCAUAAGCACAUAACUCCCAUUAACCUCAGCGACAGCAACUUAAAUGUGAACCACAAGUGAGAAUAAACCUUAAAGAUAUCAUUUAGCAGCAGCAGCCUUGUUUUCUGGUAUGUGUCUAAUGGCAAGAUGGCAGGCUCAUUUCUCUCCUCCCCCAAACCGCCUUUUUUUUUCCCUCCUUAUGCGAAAGUACACUUUUCUCAUCGACAGGGAGAUUAAUCUGGGUCCGAAGGUGUAGUCAUUUAGAUGUGUUUAGCGUUUCUGACGCAUCGCUUCGGGCAGCAGUACUCCGUUGGGGCGUGCGGGCGCAAGAGGUGAAGUGUCCUGGGGAGCCGCAGCGAGCUGGGCAGGCUGCUCCCACUCAAUGCUAAUGAGACAGCUUCUCGCGGAAAUUUCGGCUCUGUAGAAGCUACGGGAGGUAGCACGGUUCAUUAGGCUACGAAAGCUUUAAAAUGUUAAAGGAACUGGUUUUCCUCUCUCAUUUAAGUGAAUUGCUAAAAGCACUGGGUUGUUCUUCCACGGAACUUCAAAUUCACUAUUUUCUUCAUUAACUUUGACCUUUUUACAUCUAUUACAAUAAGAAAAAAAGUUAACUUCAGAGUAAGCUACUGCAAACUCACUUCCCCCAGGCUUUUAAAAAGCCUGAGAGCUUGGGCUGGGAAAGAAACAGAUCUCGUUUGCCACUAUUUUCUGUACAAAAGGGAUUUAGUGUUAAGGAUCCUGAGUUCCUCUGAAUCGUUUCUAAUUACUUUCAUCAAGGCAUGUACACGUAUCCUUUUCACCCAGUGCUUAUUGGUAGCAAAAGGACAGAACGCCUGGUGCUGCUCCUGGGAUGUGGCCCCUUCCCCACAGGCACAAUUCGGGGCAAUUUUUACAGGAUGUUUGAGUAAAGCUUUUGAAGCAGCUGAAGACGCAGCCGUGUGCUGUAGCUGUAGGUGAGCAACAAGCCCAAUUAAAGAGAGUAAUGGUCCCACCCCACCUCCCUCCAGGUAUCCCUAAAAAAGCCUUUUCCAACCAAGCCUGGUUUAGUUCCAAAGGCUGCAAAUGUAAAUGUCGUGACAAUAACAUACCAGCAAAGUGUUUUGCCCUUUCCAGCCCAGCCCAGCCCCACUGCACUGCUGAGGCAUCCAGCACCAAAAGCCCUUCCAUGUGUUGUUGUUUCCUCUUUUUUAAAGCAAAGGUACAAGUCGCGUGCUGCUCUGCUGCUCUUGUGCCUCAUCUCAUCAGCGCUUGUUUCCUGCGUUAGCUGACUCCCAGAGCUGCUGCCGCAGCCACGCACGGGGUGCAGGGCGCCGCUUCCCCUCCGCCACUGUCCUUUCAGCUCCUCGCUGUUGGCAGGUGGCUGGGAUGAGGAAACACCUCGUGUUUCUCUAACAGGUCUGGUUUAACACACAAAGCUCAGUGGUGUUUACCUGACUCAGCCAAACCCUGCUCCCUACGCUGGGCACGUAAGCGCUGCUGGCACCAGCACGGGGUGCAGUAUCCUAGUCUUCAUCCGAGCAUAGCUCUGUGUGGCUGCGGCACCGCAGGCGGGUGUGGGUGCAGCUCUGCCUCCCCUGCAGAUGAAAUGCCUGGUGGAAAACAUGCCUGAGCUUUGACAGGGUGUCACUUCUGACGGGGGAGUCUGGAUAAGUGUUUCAGCCUUUGUUUCAGUGCCUUAAGCACCUUUUUGCAACAGACCAUAAUGUAAGAGAGUACAUUUUUAAAAUUAAUUUCAGAAAGUUAAUCACCCCUAGCAUCUUGGCUCCCCGAGCAGCUGCUCCCAGGCCAGACUUCACAUCAGGCCCUCGGGAAGCACGGCGGUGGCACGGUGGCUGCGAGGCACCGCUGAGCUCUGCCCUUGUGAUGGCUCUCGCCAGAGGGUCUGCCAGAAGGUGCCUGGCUCUUCUGAAAAACCUUGGCCGAGGGCUUUGACCUUUGAUUUGAAUGCAGAAUUAGCACUCCGGUAAAGGUUAAUGAACAGAAAGGAGCAGAGAGUUUUUGACCGAAAUACUUCUGAAAUGCUUUAAACAUGUGAAGGUCACAGAUCAGGCCCACUGCUGCAGAAAGCACCUGCUUCCCCUCGGCAGAGGAGGAGGAGGAGGGUCUGCUGGCAUUUGGUGUAGAAAACUUCCCAAGUGAUUAGGCUCUGAGCUCUUUUCACCUAAAUACAGAUUCAUUCACCUAAAUAUAGAUUAUAUCCCUGCAUCCCUGCCAUGCCCGCUGCGCUGUGCCUGGUCCCCAGGUGGUGACAUCGGCCCCACAGCGAGCUGGCUGCGAUCGGGCACAGCUCCAGUAGGCACUCCUCGCCUGCUGGGCAGUUUUGGGGCGGUGGCCUGGGCAGGGGAUGAGGCGCGACCCGGGGGCCAUUGCGUUGGCCGCCCGUCUUGUCCCACAGGCAGGCUUUGGGGUCCUCUGCCUUCUGCUGGUCUCGGCCGAGACCUCUGCCAGGACGGCACGGGACUCGUCCCUUACUGUCUAAAUGUGUUUGUUUUUCUGACAAACUGUGGUCUUGAAAUGCAAUUUUUUCCUUGUUUCUUCAUCAAGUUGAUGGUUGUGAAAAGUAAUUAUUUUAGCAUAUGGUGAAAUGUGCAAUUAUUACUGCUAGGCUCUUCAUCUAAGACAAUCCGCAUUAGCAUGGAUCUCCUAUGAGCACUGACAGCAAGGGGGUCAGCCAGUUCUGGCACAAAAAGAAAAACCUCUCCCCAAACAAGUUCUUAAUUUCUAAUUCCUGUCCCACCCAAAAAACAUGACACCGUUGUGGUAAAUGGCAAAUAGUAAUGGUAAAUACAGGGAUGGAGUCUUAAAGUGAAUCACAACAGCUAACUGUCAUGGGCUGUUAGUUUAAUAAUUGCUUUUAACUAUUGUGUUCAUUAUUUCGAUUAUUAAGGCAUUUUGCCUACAGGUAAUGCUCACACUAUUAGCAAAACCUGUGACUCGUGAAAAGUUCUUUAAUGUUGCAAUAAAUCAGAAGUUCUUUGGGAAGAACUCCUGCCUUCCCCUGGCACAGGCAGAGGGUGCAGGGGCAGAGACCUCCCCCCCGCGGGCCCGAGGCCGUGCCCCCUCCCCAGGGCUGUGUGGAGCUGCUCAGUAGCACCCAGCCGCUCACCUCAGCUGGUGUUUGGAAGGGUUAGUAAGAUCAAAACAAGUAUAGGAGAAAAAACACCCCCGUGGUUUGUAUUUGUUGAAGGCAGAGAGACACCAUUUUAAAACAAAAGCCAAGUCUCCUGGAGGUAGCGAGCCAAAUCUGUGUGUAAUCAUCAUUUACUUUUCAACAGAGUAUUAUUAAAAUAGCUCAACUUGCAGCACAGCUAUCAUGCCCAGUUUAGAAGAGGUAUGAAGAAUAUACAUUUAUUCCAUAGCUGAACAUUUUCACUCCUUCAUGUGAUGGCACCUCCUCUGUCACCAAGGCAGACCUGUUACGGGGUCUGAAGGUGAAGGCCCUGACCCCGCAGGCUGUUCUCCCCAGCCACAGCACUGGCUUGUGCAGAGUGCUCUUUGCAGGGGCCAUGCACUUUCCUCCAGACAACCAAAUCCCUUGCCAGAACUGACAGGUUUGAGUGAGGGUGACUGAGGAGCCAAGAGCGGCGCCGUGCUUGGGCAAGGACGGCUCAGCCCGGCCCAGGUUGGUGCCCCAGGCAGGCGCUGUCCAACAGGACAGGGGUUGGCACCAGGCACGCAGCUCAGCACCAGCCCCUUCCUUAUUUUUCCCCAGCCCCUUCCUUAUUUUUCCCCCUAGGACCAGCUGCUGCUUGUCGGCAAUAGCAUACCAGUGUCAGGUCUGCGCCUAAGGGUGGCUGUCAUGGUCCACUGGCAAUCUCUAUGAUGGAUUUUUUUUCUGCUUAACCCCCGGCGCUGGGAGGCUCGCCCAGCAGUGUGCUGUCCCCUGCCCACAGGCACCUGCUGUCACCUCCUGCGCUGCUCCGAGCAGGGGGCGACGGCUCGCCAGGGCGCAGCUCCCAGCCCUGAAUCUGCAGCAGAUAUGCAAAUGCACUUAGCAAAGCGCUCCCGCAGAUGUUCUUAAUUAAAACAACCCAAACCCACAUAAAGUAAUAACCCAAAAAACCGCCUCACCGCUCUCAUAUGUUCUGAAUCACUGCUGCAGAAUACUACAGGAAUAUUAUUUUUAUAAGAGUAAACCAUUUGCUAAAUAAGCCACCUGUUAAAUAAACACUCCCUCUCUCCAAAUAUUGUUGUUUUGUUUUCCAGACUAUGCACAAUCUGGAUUUAUUUGAGAUGAAAAAAGAUAAUCGCUAAAGAAAAAAACCUGUAUUUUGACUAUUUGAAACUAUCCAUCUUGUGCGCACAUCUGCUCCUUUGCAAGCUGGCAGAGCUCUUACAUUAAAAGAGAAUCGUAGGUACUUAUUCAGCCAGGAGCUAAUGAAUUUCCAUCAUCACACCAUGGCAGUCUUCACUUUUUUAACUUCUUCAAGCCUCAAAUUGUUUCUUAUUCACCUGGCUUGACUCGCCAAUAGAGGUGUCUUCUCACAGGGACAAAUCCUGAACCGAGAUUGUAUUAGCAAAGUUGACACAGGAGCAAGAAUAGAAGUCAGCUCACAUUUCAUUGUGAUCCUUUUUCCAUGCUCCCAAAGCCAAGUUCGCCGUUAUCCCACCUCCAGCCUGUCUGUACAGGAGCACCCCGCUGCGCACAGCCAGCACACAGCUGCUCCUUCAGCUCCCCCGUUCCCCUCCCAUCGGUGGGGUGCUUCCAGAAAACACCCAGUUAGCCGUACUGAAUGCACGUCCCCACAAAAUAACCACACACACACACACACACACGUUAAAUAGCAAUUAGUUAAAUAAAAGAUUGCAUCUGGCAUUUUUUCUUCAUGCAGUAGACAGCAGCUCCGAGCUUCCUGCUCUCUCCUAGCACCGCGCUGCUCCAUCCUCCAGCUUGGUCUCGUUGCACCUCUCUUGGGACAUCUCAGAAACGAGAGCACUCAACAAUUCAGGCUAUAUAGAGAAUAAUUUUAUUCUGAUCCUCAAGGUGCUGUUUAGAGCAGGACAUGAAAGGCUACAGUGAAAAAGUGAAGGGAGCAAAACCAAGCGUAAAGGAGAGGGCUUUGGGCCAGGGCAAGCAGUGAAUUACGGGAGCCAGCUUCCCUGCCAGGUUGCCCUGGGCUGCAGCUGAUCUCCUCUCUGAAUCAGCUGCAGGAGGUUGCUGUUUGAAGGGUUUGGAGUUCACUUGUGAGGAACUUCUCAGAAACUAAGAUUCAGAGUCCUAAAAGCUGCAGAAUGAGUGUCUCCAGGCACCAUGCAAAGUUCUUCCCGAUCCUAGAGGAGCACUUUCCCACUGUGGGAAGUGACGCCUUAGAGAUGCUCAUGCCCACGCCCUGUUAUCCAGCCUGACACAGACCUGGACCCAAAGUCAGAGUGCAGAGCUCUUGGGUGUUGUGCUUAGAGUCUGGGCUGAAAUAGUGCCUAUGGCACACAAAGUAGUCAAAGCAGUCCCGUCAAAUGUUUCUCCAGGCUUCACUGAUAAACAUGUGGCUAGAGAGAUGCUUAUCAUCUAUUGCUAAUGCUGAGAACUGGUUGCAAGAAGCCACGUGCAUUCUGUGUGUGUGCAGUUGUUUACCAGUGAUUUUAAAUGGCUUUAGCUGAUUUUGUGUCCUCAGAUCUGAAAAUAAAACCUAGUUGUCACAAAUAAUUACGCGGCACAGACAGAGGCCUGCAGUAAGUGUGACAUCCUCAUCCGCGCCAAGUUGUACUUGCACCAAGUCCAGUUAACUUGGUGAGACUACUUGUGCAUGCUAUUACACUCUGUGAAUAAUGGUACCUGAUAUCUGGCCCAUGGAAACCUCGCUGAUUGGCAGUAAAAGCUGGGUAGGUGAUCACCUAAGUGCAUAAAAUGUGGCCAUAAAGAUGCAUCAGCAUUAUGAGUUCAUAUAAAAUUGCAGGCACAGAACUGGACAAAACUGCUUUUCAAAAUCAGCCCUAUUAUAUCCUGUUCUUUUUCACAGAGAGCCUUUGUGAUAAUAAUCCUGCUGCUAUUUUGCAUGUUCACACCUAUUUUCUUGCUCUUUGACACUCAGCACCUAGCAACUUGGCUCGUUCACCUUUAGCUGAUGUUUUUCCCAUGCCUUCUGAACAACACAGCAGCAAAAUCCUCUGUGCAAGUCUCACACUCUGUCCACAAAAAGAAGCCUUUUCUUCCAAGACAAGUUCAGUUUUCACCCAGCUACAGGCUCGCCUAUAUCUUUUAAACACUAAACAUGUCAGUUUGUGAUUUUUUUUCCAAGUGCUUUUAUACAUCUUGACUCUAACGCAGAUUCUUAGAAAAUUUCACAAAGCUUCUAUUACUCAUUUCACUUUGAAUGCAGCUCACAAAUUAAUGGUGCCUGUUAAUUAGGCAGCUAACCUGGAAAAAAAGAAAGAAAAAAAAAAUAAAGUAAUGCUUCCCUUUUGAAGGUAAUCUGCUGUAAAACACAUUAAAGAGUUGAGUCAGAUUUUAAUAACUAAGAAAGUCUUUAGCUUUGACAUAUGAACCGAGUACGCCUGCAGUGCCCCAUACAUACACAUACACACACACACACAGCUGUGCCCCAGCACUUGCCCCCCCCCCCCCCCCGUCAGCUACCUUGCAGCACCGACCUGCUCGGCACCGAACCAGUAAAUGCAGCGUGCAAGGACAACGCGGCCAUUCCCACCCACAAAGCAUCCAAACAACGCAGGCUGCUGCCCACUUUACUGCCCAGACCCGCAUGCCUACUGCGUGCUGUGCAGCCCUGGCAAAAACUCCGCGAGUGUUUCCUCAGCACCAGACCUAACUACAAAUGGUGCAAAACACAGUGUGGGUCGGGUACUGCCUGAUAGGUGAGCUGCACGGAAGACCCAAAACAGGCUGCCAGCUUUUGAACAACUGCAGUCUUUGAUAAUUAGCAGGGAAGAAAGAAAAAUAUUUUGCGUACCUGAGUCUACAUUAAAGCACUAGCGCAAAAAGGGUUUUUUUUUUUGGAAAUAUUGCAAUGGCUGUUAGGAAAAAAGAAAAGAGAGUUGCAUCCAUGUAAGACAGACCCUUCCCUUACCUCCCCAUCUCAUCCUUUUCCAUAUAAAAAUCCAGGAUUUGUUUCAUUCAAAGAAUAGACUUUAAAUUUCUAUACUUGUGUCAGGGCAACAUUAAAUAUUAAAGCAAGAUAUUAAAAUUUCAGAGAAACUAAAUUAAACCUGAGGUAUUCAAAAAUAAGUGUUCCUGAAUAUUUAAUACUAGAGAUUUCAUAAUUAACUUUAGAAAUCUCUCAUAUUAAGAAAAUGAGGAGCUGCCUAAAAAAAAAUGUGACCACAGCUGUGACCUUCCAGGGGGCUGUGGUGGAUGCGCUGAGGCACAGAAAGGUGCGCGAUGGGUUUGCUAUGGAAGAGGCUUGGAUUUACUAGGGAUAAGAAUGAGGCUGGAAGCAAAGUAAACCAAAGGUGGAUUGACUGGAUUUGUAUGUCUCUGUAAGCAGGUCUUCCCUCCCUACCCAUAAAGUCAGGCUGACCUUGAGGGGCAGGUACAGGUGGGCCUCCUGCUUGUGUCUGCCAAAAUUCCCCCAGCUGGACUGCUCUGUGUUCCACCAUCAUAAAGCUGUUUGCAGCGUGCCUCUCCACUAAUACUUCUAACAUCUGCUCCAGUAUGUGUAUAAAACUGGGGGGAGAGGUCCACACCAGCACAGGAGCUGGCCCAGUACUUCAGUGUAACGGAAAAAAAUAAGAUAAGGUGGGGAAAAAAAAAGAAAAAAAAAAAAAAAGCUGCUUGGUGGCUGUCCCCACGCAGAGGGGUGCUGCUGGUGUGGGGACACCGCGAUGGGUGGGGAAGGGCUUGUUCUCCUCCACUCAUCCCGAGCAAAUCCUGUGUGGGGCAGCUGGCUGUCACCCUGGGUAGGUUUUGGAUCAGCUAAUGCAGCUAACCCAGUGCUUGGUCAGGCUCACGUGCCCGGCUGAGCUGGAUGCCUGGGCACAGGGCUUUUUUUUUUUUCCUCCCUUCACCUGAGAUCCCAGGGCUGUGAAAUAGCUCCAGUUAUAAAAUGGUUCAUAGAGAUUUAAAGCAUCAGAAUUUAUUAUUCUAAUGUCUUCAUCCCACAUGCAUUUUUAUAAAUGGAAAGUUGCUUUAAAUCAAUGGUAUGCCAAAUUUUUAGCUCUCUCAGAGAAUUUGAGCAUAGCAAACAAGGCCAGUGAUUUACAGCACAGCCUGCACGUGGCCAGAAGUCCUCCAGGUGCCAUCACAAGCAGCCAUCUCGUACGUUGUGUGCUAAGGCUGUGGACUGAGUGAUUGUGCCUCCGCUUAAAACUGCAUAACUAAUAGUACAAUUAGCAGCACUCGUAGCAGAGACUGCACCGCAGCUUAUGAACACUGUGUUCUGCCUCUGCUCAUCCUACAUCCACAGCUAAGGGUGAUCUUACCAUCAAAGUCUCUUGUAUCUGUGGAAAUCAAGUAGAAACCACUGUGGAUGGAAUAGAGAAAGUUGGUGGUGUCCUUCAUUCACUGGAUGGGUCUAAAUGCCCUCCCACAGUAGAACAUUACCCUGCAGUAAUGGGCAGAGGAAAACCAGUAGAUUCACUGGUACAGGCAGUAAUUUGACAUGGUCAAAGUCCUUGGGACCCGGCCACGACCACAGCCCUUGCCCCGGCACACCUGCUGCCGCUGCAGGCUCAGGCCCCUGGGAGCAGGGCGAGGAGCACCCCUGGUGAGCAGGCCCACGACGGGCAGCAGGCUGCAGGUCACUCUGUGCUGGGCACUGCGGGCCGUGACUCGUUAUGGUGGCUGCUAAUUUGCACGACUCGUUUGGAGAGCGCCGCGCGGUACGAUAGCGAAACAACACUCACUUCCAGCAAAAUGUCAGAUUAUGGAUGGAGGGGAAGAGAAGGGGCUUGAAGAGAUAAAACCAUAUACUGACAAAACAAUAAAGGAAAAAUCAAUCUUUAUGACAGAUGAGGGAGAAGAUUUACAGUGUAAUCAGAAAGCACAAAAAGAUUCAUGGCUUGCCAGAACAGUAUCCAGGCAGCAUUAUUCUAUAGAAGGCAACACAAUCGUGCUGGCAAGAUCUGUUUGCUUGUUUCUGAACAAAUCUCUCAGCACGUUCUGUUGAAGUGGGCUGCUACAGGCACGGAUCUCAGCACUUCAUCUGCACGGGCACGCGUCUCCUUUCACUGAGCGCUCGGCUCUGCAAUCCUUUGGCUUUUCCGAUGCGAUCAGCCGGCACAGAACAUGUACUCCGAAAAUUGCCCAAGAUAAGGAGCCGCCCCAGCGGGAGAUGCAGUGCCACGUAGCCUCCUCCUCGCACAGUCAGAGCAGCAAUUACAGUGAAAAUCAAGGCAGACCUGCUCUCCUAAUGAGCUUCUGGCUAUCAGGUGGUUGUAUUAGUUUCUGUUUAGUUUGAUCUAAUGUCUUUUAGAUAAGGUCGAAAUGACCAGUCAUCUAGCCUUCAAAGAAAUCCUGAUCUAUAAAUUUAAUACCAUGUAAAGCUUAUACUUCAACCUAAACCAGUGUAGAUUGCUUGGCAUUUUUUAUCUAAAAAGCAAGAAUCACAUAGCAAGACCCUUAGGUGAUUUAAUCAUCCAGUUACAGCAGUGGAAAAACAAACUCUCUUUUUUUUUUUUUUUUCCUGUAAAAUCUCUUCUUACUGUAUUAUUGAUGUAUACCCUGGCCUUCAAAACCUGUUCCUUCCCCUCACCAGAAUCAACAGUGGUCAUUUAUAGUGGGUAAAUUGGUUUGCCCCUGCGAAUUCAUGGAAAGGGUCCUCAGCACAUCCAAAACCUGAGCUUGGGCAACCCAAGUUCACCAGAUCUGCUGCUGGGUUGUACAAGUUCUUGUAGGAGAUGUGAUCAGGUCUUGGCACGGGGCAUUGUUCUGUUUUGUCUACGUCUUUGCUUAGCAUCGCUUUGCCUUGAAGCAAGGCAGCCUGGCAGCCCCUGCUCGCUUCUGCGCUUGACUUCAGGGAGGCCUGGCAGACUGGGCACGGCUAUUUUCCUACAGACGUGACAAAUGUCAACUGAAUGGAGAAAUUAGUCAUCGCGUAUGUCAGAAUAGCUUCUAAAACCACCUUUUAGGAUGCGAAAGGAUCUGCUCAGGGAGAUAGGACUGUCCCUGCUGGGACCUCGUGCCCUCGCCUCAAGCCUUUCGGUGCAGCAGGGCCAUGGGGGCUGUGCUGAGCCACGGGUUGUGCUCCUGGGGCCUGGUCUCCUGCCCCAGUGUCCUGCCUGCUGGUACUCACAGCACCUUGACCCCGUGUGGUGCCAGGCGGCCCGCAGAGUCCCAGCUCUGCCCUGGGGAGGGGAGGCCUCCCUGCCUCCAUCUGCUCGGCCUUCAGAGGUCUUUGGCACCAGCUACAAGUCACGCACAUUUCGCACACCUCCCCCUCGCCCCAGCAUCAAAGAUGAGCAGUGAGAUACAUUGACAAGCUCAGACUCAGACAGGAUAGGCAAUCCAGAGUCCUUUUUUUUCCCCCAACACCUCUUAGAACAUCUCAGAGGUGUUCUGGUGUCAAGUGCAGACCCAGAGGGAGUGCACAGGAGUUCCCCGGCCACAUUCAGUUGCAAAACAAGGCGUGCACAAGGGUUAAACACAGGGGCCAGUCUGUACUAUGGAUAUAGGUCUGAAGAUCUUAUCACUGAGUCAACUCUGCAGAGAGUAAUUGAUGUAGAGCAUCACAAAAGAACAAGUUAAAACGGGGACCCAGCAGACUGGUGGUGAAUCUUCCAGACCAUUCCCAGUUUGUCACCAGUGACAUCACCAGAGAGCCUUGGCUCUAAUAUAAUGACACCAGUUACAUGAAUGUCAACAAAAUCAUUAAUUUGUACAGCACUACGAAAGUGCAUAUCCCUGCACACAGGAUAAAAAUGACUAUGAUACCAGAUACAACAUUUACAUAUUGUGGGGAAUUAAUUCAUCCUUCAUGCAAGUCUGCACCAUUAUAGCAAGAAAUCAGUUGUCUGAUGAAGGCAGCAGCAAUGAAAAAUUACAUGAUCUUUUGGCCUACUGACUUGGUCAAGAAAAUGACACAGAUUGGAAACCGCAUUGCACUCUCCCUUGGUCUCUCUCUCCCUUUGCUCCACUGAAGCCUUGGCUGGUGCUCACAGUGCUGCCUUUUGUGUUUAGAAAGAGUCAGGAGCAGAAAUCUGAUCAGAGCAAAACCUUGAAGGCAUCAGGUUUAUGCCACACUGCUGCAAGUAAAAGACGACUGAAUAUAAUCCUUAAUUUUCCCAAGAUAGUUUCAAAACAAUGAGUUUAUCAUUUGCGAGCCAAGCCAUUUGUUUAUGCCUUUUUCUCCUUUGUUCUCAGAUGGCGGGCAACCUGGGUUUUAUUUUGCACAAAGUUCUUUUGCUAGUAUUCAUGCAUAAUCAUCAACAAAAUAACUUAAUAUAUGUAGGCGACUAUAAUGACAGUAAAUGGCGUGUAGGAGGGAUAAUAUGUGCUUCAUUGUCAAUGCUUGCAUGCUGAAUUAAAUACCCUGUUCUGGUCAAAUGCUAAUACAUUCUAUGAGCACUUUCCUAUAAACACAUUUUAAAAAUUUGGUAGAAUACAAAGGUGAUAUGAAUAAUAUAUUGAAAUAAUCUGAUAUGUGUGAGUUUAAGAACUGGUGUUUUUCUGCAGUGUGUUGCUUGGUACUGGCACUGAAAUGAUCUCCAUGAAAAAAAGUAUUCAUAGUAGUAUCAGUUCAGUCCUAAAUACAGUACACACAUCAGGACUAUAGUAGCAUCAGUCCUCAUCUGUAAAGGAUGUAUUCUUUUCUAAAUGGAUUCGGCCACAGCUGGCUGCUCAGCUGGUGCCAGAAUUAUGUAGCACAUUAUGCUUCGACUUCUGAUGAAAACCUAGGUACAAAACAGGUGGAACUUAAAUUUCUGCAGAUCCUUAGAAUUUAAAGCAGCUUAGAGCUCAGCAGCACUUCUGUCUCAAGAACACCUUAAAAUCAAUGGCAGCCUCUGUGCCUGACUGUAUUCGGGUGGUUGGUUUUAUGCUGGUGUUCAGUGUUGGGCCACUGGACAAAAAAGUGAUUGCAAUGACGUGAUUCAUCUGGCAGACAAAACAUGUAGUAGCUGUAAAGACUUUGUGUGUGAAGCUUUUAUUGGCUUCAGUAACAGCUAUGGGGGGCCGGGCUAGGGAAAGGCAGCAGACUCCCAGUGGGAACAGAGCACCCUGUGCUGUGGGGUCUCAUCUGGAGCACUCCUGCUGCUUCCCAAGCAAUGCAGUCGAGACAUGGUGCUCUCCACGGGUUGUACGCUGGGGCCUUGUGCUGUGGCAGCACUCACCCCUCGAAGGGCCAUCCCCGUGCCACCCCCCAGGGCAGGGCGCAGCGGCAGAGCAGGCGGUGGUGGCUCCUCAGCCUGCAGAGUCCAGCGGAGCCAGGCGCAUACCCCAGGCUCCUGGCUUGCCUUGGGAUGUGUUUGCCAUCUUCCUGAGACACCGCCCAACGUCUGCAAACAGGGG